AUGGAUUUGGAAACGUUGCCCGACGAACUGUUAUUCGGUAUUUUAGAGUUUCUAUCUACUGCCCACUUGUUUCGUGCAUUUUAUGGACUCAAUCGUCGCUUUGACACUCUUCUCCUGGAACAUUUUCGAAUCCAUGGCCUUGACUUUCGAUCAAUAUCACAACAUGACUUUGACACAAUCUGUCGGCAUCAUCUUCCGUUGAUUGUCGGUCAAGUUACUUCACUUCAUCUAUCAGAAGCCUACGACACGCCAGAGCAAGCACAUUAUUUCCUUGAACAUGGUUUCGCUCUUCGUCAAUUCACUGGCUUACGAUCACUUUCACUGCAACACUUUAUUUCUAUCAAGAAAAUUAACAAAAUUUUAUCGGAAUGCUGUCAUCUAACUAAUCUUACUCACUUGAAACUCGACGAUUGUCACUGUUGGUUUGAUCAUACCAGGUGA